AUGCCGAAACUUCUAGCGACAGAAAAACGCCGUUGCAUCGAGUUUGAGAAUAGGUUGAGAACGAGACUCCUUUUCAUGGUGGAUGGGUCAAUGAUUAGGGAUUAUGACCAUUUCGUGGAAUCAACGGCCCACUUAGAGAUGGUGAUCCGAGCAGAUAAGGAGUCGAGAAGGGGCUCUAGGCAAAGAGAGGAGGAGGGCAACAGUUUGCACCAUCUUCAGCUCGUCCUCAAAGCCAUAGUCAAAGGAGAGGUCAGCCACCUACCUGUUAUCAAUGUGGGUAGUUAUAAUAUGCCCAGGGUCAUUGCCCACUCGUUCACAUUUGCAAGUGGUGCAGAAGAGAACAAGCUAGAGAAUCCCAAUGGAGAGGUGGAGAAGAAGGAAAUUGCUCCAGGGGAGAACAAGAGCGCAAAAAAGAAGAAAAAGAAGGAUAAGUCUUCAAAGGAGGCUCUAGAACAGCAGGAUGAACCCAAUGGUGCGGACACCACAAAUGGAACCGAUGAGGCAGCCGGAACUGAGAAAGCUGAAGAUACGUCUAUCGAUGUGAAAGAGAAGGUAAAGAAAGUGGCAUCCAUGAAGAAGAAAAAAUCGAGCAAGGAAAUGGAUGCUGCUGCAAGAGCUGCUGCUAAUGAGGCUGCUGCAAGGAAUGCAAAGCUUGCUGCUGCAAAGAAAAAGGUGAAGGACCACUACAACCAGCAGCCGGUCCGGUAAGGACAUUUCAGACAUUUUGUGGAGUUGGGUAUGGGCAUGUAUCCUUUUGUUCAUUUGGUAAAUGCAAAAUAAACAUUAGAAUCUCUUCAAUAGUUCUUUUUUUGGGUUUUACUUGAGGUGAACAAAAAGAGUUAUGGAUUUGAAAGAAUAGGGUUGUUGGAUCUCUUCAAUAUUUUUCCGUUUCUUUUUCGUUUUUUUUCUUUUCAUC